UCCAUUCCACGCCGUGGUUAGCCAGAUAUAGUCAGCCUGGUGAGAAUCACCGUCGUAAAAUGUCUUCGGCCCGAGGCGAAGAGUUGAUUGGAAAGAUGCGAUAGAGAAGUGUGAUGCGGGCCCCCAGAUCCAUGUUAAGACCAAAGAAAGCUGAGCCAUGGGCAUCCAUUAUCGUUAUCUGGUACCGAGGUAAUCAAAUCGGAGUAACGAAGAAUAUCUAAUCAGACAAGAUGAUGUGUGUCUUUAUCCUGCUAUCUCGUCCUGUCCAUUGCUGACGACACGCCAGUCACGAUCCUUUCCUCCAGACCGCCAACUGAACCACAGCAAGGGCUUGUUUUCCCACGAGAAAUCGCCGUAUUGUUCCGUGGAUAUGGAAACCCAUCUACCAUAGAAGUCCGGGUAGUUGCCAUAGAAACUGAACGCUUCUGAUCAAUGCUUCAGCAUGGCCGAUAAUUAGGGCUAAAUUAACCUAUCACGUGAGAGCGCGCGAGUGACGUAGCCGUCUAUCGAAGCACCAUGCCUCCUCCCAGCAAUAAAGUACCUUUACAUGCAAAGGCCACGCCACACUCAGUCCGCUCCACACCACAGCGGAAGACGAUCAGCGGCGCGGUCGGGGCUAGCCCGCGAGGGAAAAUGGGUAAUGGAGCGAGUGCCACCCAGAUAGUGGUGGAUGGAGAAACACUGGACAUGGUCAAAAUCAAAAUGCUCAUCCCGGAGCUUCGAAAGGAACUGAAGCAAAAGGAUGCAGAGAUCCAGCGUUGUGAGAUUGAAAUACAAGACGUUAAGCACAAAAUGGUACAGCGUAACGCGGAGGUUACUCGACUACAAGAGGAAGUCCGCAAACUUAAAUCGGUGUUACAAGCAACAGUGCAUAAAGAUGGAAAACCGGAUAUUUUAGCUACCAUUCACGAGGAUGCUAUUAUGGCCGGACAGGAGGCCCGCCUGAAAAAGCAGGGGGUGUCUGGAGAGAGCUCUAUGUCACAGCAGAGCUCAGUGGAACUUAAACGAUUUGAAAAGGAUUUCAGAUCUAAACAUUUAAUAAAAGAUGCAAUUCUGGAUAACGAUUUUCUGAAGAAGCUGAACGCCACCCAAGUGCGAGAAAUCGUGGAUUGUAUGUAUGAGAGGCGUGUGAAGAGAUCGCAUUUCAUUAUCAAAGAGGGCGAAGCGGGUCAGCAUCUAUAUGUGUCUGCAGAUGGGGAUUUGGAAGUGCUGAAGGACGGCAACACUCUGGGAAAGAUGGGCCCUGGGAGGGCUUUUGGCGAGCUCGCAAUACUUUACAACUGCACACGGACGGCUUCAGUCAAAGCAUUGACAGAUUCGGUGCUAUGGGUACUAGACAGACGGGUCUUCCAAGCUAUCAUGAUGAAAACAGGGCUACAACGACAGGAAGAAAAUAUCAAAUUUUUGAAAAGUGUUCCAUUGCUGAAAAAUCUCCCUCCAGAAAAACUUUCCAAAAUGGCAGACGUUUUGGAAGUGGAUUUCUUUCAUGAGGGAGAAUAUAUUAUUCGCGAAGGUGCUACUGGGGAUACGUUUUUCAUUCUAAAUAAAGGAGAGGUGAAGGUCACACAAAAGCUUCAAGGACAUGCAGAACCCCAGGAAAUUCGUCGACUGAAAACACCUGGUGAUUAUUUCGGUGAAAAAGCUCUGCUUAGUGAGGAUCGUAGGACGGCCAAUGUGAUAGCCCUUCCACCGGGAGUAGAGUGCCUGACCCUGGACAGGGAUGCCUUUAUAAAACUAAUCGGUAACUUGAAGGAUUUGAGGGACAAGGAUUAUGGCGACCAAGCGAGAGGUGCUCAGAGGACUAGUGGCGGGUCAGGAGGAGAAUCCCCGCUGUCUCCGGUCCGCGAGACCAUCGACCAGGAGUUCGUGGGCGUGCGGCUGGAGGAGUUGGACGUCAUAGCAACGCUUGGCAUGGGAGGUUUUGGUCGUGUCGAGUUGGUGCAGCUGGCUACAGACAAGAGCAAGACAUUUGCGUUGAAAUGUUUAAAAAAGAAACACAUAGUUGAAACACGACAACAGGAGCAUAUUUAUUCCGAAAAAAAGAUAAUGUUGGAGACAAGGUCGCCUUUUAUAGCCAGAUUAUAUAAAACUUUUAAAGAUCGAAAGUACGUAUAUAUGCUGAUGGAAGUAUGUCUAGGCGGGGAAUUAUGGACAAUUUUACGAGACCGAGGGAGCUUUGACGACAACACAGCCCGGUUUUGCGUGGCUUGUGUCCUUGAAGCCUUCCAGUAUCUGCAUUGUAAAGGCAUCAUUUACCGUGACCUCAAGCCGGAGAAUCUACUGCUUGACAACUCGGGCUAUAUCAAGUUGGUUGACUUUGGGUUCGCCAAGAAGAUCGGCUCUGGGCGGAAAACAUGGACGUUUUGUGGCACCCCGGAAUACGUGGCCCCAGAGAUCAUCUUGAAUAAGGGUCAUGACCACGCCGCCGACUACUGGUCCUUGGGGAUACUUAUGUUUGAACUUCUCACGGGCAGCCCGCCUUUCUCUGGUUCAGACCCAAUGAAAACGUACAACAUAAUCCUGAAGGGCAUAGAUGUGAUAGAAUUCCCGAAGAAGAUAAGUCGAAACGCCCACAACCUGAUUAAGAAAGUGUGUCGGGAUAACGCCGCCGAAAGGUUGGGCUACGGCAAAAACGGGAUCAGCGACAUAAAAAAGCACAAGUGGUUCCAAGGAUUUGACUGGGAGGGAUUGAAAAGCAAAAGUGUGGUGCCGCCCAUAGUUCCCAAGGUAAAAUCCGCUGAUGACUCCAGUAAUUUUGAUAAUUAUCCAAAAGAUGUUGAUGUUCCUCCUGAUGAGAACUCAGGAUGGGAUGCGGAUUUCUGAGCACGGAGCCCACCGGCCACGUGCUUCUAGACGUCAACAAGUCCGUUGUUCUCCCCUGGGGUACAGUCGUGAUCAUGGACGUACAAUGUGAAGGAGCUGCUUCGGCAGAGAAUGUGGAGGGACAAGGAAGUUGGUCUCAGGACAACUCACCCCGGAGUCCGAUGGCCGACCGACGAAAGGCAGAGAUAUUCCAAACGAUCAGUAUUGACAACUACAGUUUUCCAUUUAUGAACAUAAACUAUUUUUAUAUCAGGUCUCAACUAUUCAACUAUUGAUGCAAUUUAUUCAUAUAUUAUUGUUACAUAACAUGAAAGAUCCAUAAGUUAUACUGUGUCACGUUAAAUACGCUAUGAAUACUUGGAGUGUGCAAUGUGCCUGCAAUUCGCCGGGGUUGAGUGUCAAAUCAAUACACAACCAAUAGAGAACUGUGGAAAUCAGCGGUUCGUGGCCUCCUGAAGUAUAAUGCUGGCACUGCUGCAAUAACAAGGGAAGAAAAGACAUCUACGGUAAUCGGAAGAUCGAGAUAAUAGAGGGAAUCGAAAAGGGGACUUGGUUAGAACCACGUGAACACUGUUCAGGGUCAAUCGCCAUUUAAGUGCAUCUGAUCAGUUAUAAGACUGUUCGUCAUCGUCAUACAACUGCUCACUGCUGAUAACCCGGUCUUGGCCAGCCUGUCUUGUUGUUACAUGUUUUGCCAUCUGGUUGCUGAACUAGAUCGUCCCUGGGAGCAGGACAUAUUGUUAAAGGAUCGAUAAAAGGGGUUAUUUCUAUGAAUGAAGAAAGAGGUUUGCCCGGUAUGAGAUCACAGUCUUGUAGCCUCUAAAAACCAAGGUAAACAAGGCCGUCUCACUGAUAUUACUGUCUUCCAACUGCCCGAUGUAUUGCGAAUUCACUGGCAUCAAAAUUGACCUCGCUACAGCGUAAUACAGAAAUAUCUUUGAAGACUUCUGUUGCAUAUGGUCGAUGCUGGCUAAAAGCCUUAGGGUGUACAGCGUGUGCGUAACACAGAUGUCUCUCAAUCCCGGAUUCCAAUGGGCGCAAUCACGGGGUCCUUUAGACCGACGGCAAUAGUAUUAUUACAAAUGCAGAUCUCAGCACAGAUAUUUAACACAGCUACUGGGAUGUUCACUCUUAUCUCGCAUGCAGACAGUCUCAGACUUGAUGAGUUAGGGGAUGACGGCCAGCCUGUAGCAGGGAACAGACGGCUGUAAUGUUCACAUCUUUCUCGGCUACACAGUAAAGUGAAUGUGAUAUUGUUAUUACA